AUGGAGCUAGAUUGUGGUGAAAAAGAAGCGGUGCGGGUACGAAUGCCUGAAACUGAUGACGAGCGGUUCGUUGAAUUCAAAGAUUUCAACAGCAAGAAACGUGUUGAGUAUAUGAUAUACGCUGACUUUGAGGCACUGUUGGUACCACAGGACCAUGAACACAUGGAAACGGAUCAUGAGUCUUAUACGCAAAAUAUUCAAAAACAUAUACCUUACAGUGUGGGGUAUUAUGUACAUUGUACUCAUGAUCCUAACCAAUCAUUCUACAAGGCAUACCGUUGUGCUGAUUGUGUCAAGUGGUUUGUUCGUGAACUGGAACAAGUAGCGUACUCAUUAGAGCAAAAAAUACAACACGUUGAACUAAUGUGUCCGCUCACCGUCGAACAAGAACUGGAUUUUAUGUCAGCAGAGAAGUGUCACAUUUGUGGUAAAGAUUUCGUAUCCAAUUCCAUACGUGUUCGCGACCAUUCACAUCGCACAGGUAUCUACCGUGGAGCAGCACACCAAUUUUGUAAUCUGCAUUAUCAAGAUUCAAGGGUGAUACCUGUUGUGAUGCACAACUUAAGUGCAAUCGACGGUCAUGUUGGAUUUUAA